AUGUACGACUACAUUUACUAUGACUCUUUCCCAGAACGUUUCCGUGAACUAUUCAAAACUCAAGUAAAACUGAGAAACAUGCAUUUUAACAAAGACAGACCCAUUGACGAUGAAAGAAACCCUGAAUAUAUUACAAUCCCUUAUGACGCAAAGUUCAUUGCAUACAUUCCUUAUGGUCGCAGAGGAACGAAAAUUAUUUCUGGAGCGAUGAAGAAAAUUGCCUUAUCUACAUAUUGUACAAAAGAAGGUUGGACUGGAUUUGAGCUCUACAUAUACGACGACGAUGGAAACAGACGUUGUGUAUACCCAUACGAUAAUAUGUACCAUUGUUUUCAUCAAGCAUUAAACGAAUACAUAGUCAGUAAGGGUCUCAUUCCUGUUGAGUAG